UGCCACGUUGGAAAACCUCUUCUUGCCUUACUUUUAAAUGUGCACCAUAUGUGGCUAGCUUUACAUUGUCAUCUAUAUAUCUAAUCUAUUAAGCCAAUAAUGUCUAAUAUUAUAUUUAUUUCAUUAUUGGUUGCUAUGACAGCCGUUGUUGUUAAUUGUGAAGAUGGAGGGCUUAAAGUUGAAGUGGUUCAUGCCGUAGAAAAAUGUGAAAGAAAAUCGAAAAACCUUGAUCGUGUGACCAUGCAUUAUACAGGAUUCCUUGAAAAUGGUACACAGUUCGACAGCAGUCUAGAAAGGAAUCAGCCGUUCGAAUUUCAGCUUGGUAUCGGUCAAGUCAUCCCAGGUUUGGAAGAAGGGCUCCGGGACAUGUGCCCUGGGGAGAAAAGAAAACUGACAAUUCCUCCUUACCUUGCCUAUGGAGGUAAAGGAGCAGCUGACGUAAUUCCCCCAGAUGCUACACUGUUAUUUGUGGUCGAGCUUGUGCAUACAGCUGACGGUCCAGUACCACCAAGUGUUUUCAAGCAGGUAGACAAAGAUGGGGAUAAAGUUUUAACACAAGAGGAGGUAUCCGACUAUUUAGUCGCACAAGAUGAGGAACAUGGACAGCCGACCGACAAAGAUUCCAAGGAUUUCAAGGAGAGGAUACAGGCAAUAUUUGACCACGAGGAUAAGGACAAAGAUGGAGUUAUCUCCCAUAAUGAAUUUAGCGGACCUAAACAUGACGAGUUGUAAUACUUGAUGAUAGCAGUGCUUUUUUCAAUUUCUAUUUUCAUAACUUGCAUGCUUUUUAUACUACAAAACAUAAACAUUUGAGAAAUCAACUUUUUUCAUCUUUUAAUAAGCUAUUUCGUCGGGGACAAAAAAACCACAUUUUAAAACAUUUUUGGUGGCCGAAGAUAUUUAUUUAAAGAUUGUACAGUUUUUAUGUUGAAAAUGUGAUAUGAUAUUGGUUAGCAGAUUUUUCCAAAAUAAAACGAAAAUAC